GGUGCAAGUGAUUUAUGUAUAAGUGUAGAAAUUUGAUUUGUUAAUAAAUGUUCAUUACAAAUUGUUUGGCAGUUAGUUUAAAGUAAUUGAAAUUAGUUUUUACGUAAUAUGAGAUCGAGCAAAUGGCUACACAAGCACAUGAGGCUAAUAGCCCACAUCAAAAUUUUGUAGAAGAAAUAAAUUACAAUGAGAUUGAAAGACUGAAGAUUGUAGGCAAAGGAUCCUUUGGUGUUGUUUGGAAAGCAAAAUGGAAAGGAAUAUAUGUAGCUGUCAAGGAUAUAGAAUCAGAAGCAGAAAGGAAAGCCUUUUCUGUUGAGGUAAGGCAAUUGUCCAGAGUUUCACAUCCAAAUAUUGUUAGAUUAUACGGGGCAUGUUCACACGGACCUGCAGUAUGUCUUGUAAUGGAAUAUGCUGAAGGUGGUUCUUUAUACAAUGUAUUACAUUGCAACCCUAAACCCAAAUACUCUGCGGCUCAUGCUAUGAGCUGGGCAUUACAAUGCGCUAAGGGUGUUGCAUAUUUACAUGCAAUGCAGCCAAAACCUUUAAUACAUAGAGAUUUAAAACCUCCAAAUUUAUUAUUAAUUUCUGGAGGUAAAAAAUUAAAAAUAUGUGAUUUUGGUACAGCAGCUGAUAAGUCUACUUACAUGACAAACAAUAAAGGCAGUGCUGCUUGGAUGGCCCCUGAGGUUUUUGAAGGAUCUUCAUAUACAGAAAAAUGUGAUGUUUUUAGCUGGGGUAUAAUUCUUUGGGAAGUAAUAUCUCGAAGAAAACCAUUUGACAAAAUUGGUGGUAAUGCAUUCAGUAUAAUGUGGGCUGUACAUAAAGGUCAGAGACCGCCUUUGAUAGAAAAUUGUCCUGCACCUAUAACAACAUUGAUGUGUGAAUGCUGGCACCAGCAGCCAUUACAACGACCAUCUAUGGCCGAUGUGGUUGAUAGGAUGACAAAAUUAUCAGAAUUUUUUCCUGGUGCAGAUAAAGACCUUGAAUAUGAUUCUGAUGAUUGUUCUACUGAUGCUUAUGAACCAGAUUUUUCAAGCAGUUAUGAAGAUCAAACGCAGGAAUUAGAAACAAAUCAUAACAGUUCAAUGUACAGUACAAUCAAUAGUAAUAUUAAAAACAAUGAUAGUGACAUGAGUGAAUCUAAUCCAAAUCAGUCAUUUUGGGAACGUAACAAUGUAAAUGACAAUGAAAGAAAUAUAUGGGGCCAUAGUGUUCAUUUUGUAAAAGGAGACAAUAGUGAGCAUAGUGCUUCUAGAUCGGCAAAUGGGGUAAUAAAUCAAUUGGAAUAUUCUCAAAUGGAGCCACUACAAUUAGAUAUUGAUCCGAACACCUGGAAUUUAGAUACUGAAAUUGAAAAUAUGGAAUUAAGAAAAAUGGCUGGUUUUGAUAAAUAUAUGUCCAUUGUAAUCAGGUGUUUCAUGGAAUUUUGAUUAAUUCUUUAUUUAGUUUAUUUCUGUUUACUUUUGGACAAAAUUACACUACAUACUUAUACAAUGAAUUUUACUAGCAAUUUCACUAGCAUUAUGGGGCGAG